CUUCCGUCCAUUCCGUUCCAGUCCACCUCCAUUCCCACGGAGAGGCAGCCAGGCAGCACCAGCAGCUCGCUCGCUCGCUCGCGAGCUGGUCCACAGCGCCCCGGAUUAGACCGUCGCGGCGGACGACGAGGAAGCAGACUCGUCCUCGUCCCCGUCCUUCCCCGCCUCCCACCCACCCCGGCGGUCGACGACCACCGCUCCCACGCUUCUCGGCCGCGGGCCCUAAACCCUCCCGAUCCAUGGAGGCCGCCGCGCCCGAUGGGGCCGCGCAGGCGUCCCCGCCCCCCGCGGAGGCCGACCGCCCGCCCGAGCCUCGCCCCCCGCCGCUGCCAGCCGCGGGGACGCACGAUCCGCACUUCCUGAGCUCGAUCAUAGGGGACGCGGCGCCCCCGCCCCCGCCGCCGCCGCUCGGGCAGAAGCGGAAGCGGGGGAGGCCGCCCAAGAGGAAGGACGGCGCGGCCGUGGCCGCGGGGCCGGUGGUGCCGGCGCCGGCGCCGGCGCUCGCCCGGGCCGCCCGGAGAAGGCAGGACGAGGAGGAGGUCGUCUGCUUCAUCUGCUUCGACGGGGGAAACCUCGUCGUCUGCGAUAGGAGGGGUUGCCCCAAGGUCUACCAUCCGGCGUGCAUCAAGCGUGACGAGGCAUUCUUCCAGUCCCGGAGCAAGUGGAACUGCGGCUGGCACAUAUGCAGCAGCUGCGAAAAGGCAGUGCACUACAUGUGCUACACUUGUACAUACUCCCUCUGCAAAGUGUGCAUCAAGCAAGGUAAAUUCUUCAGUGUCAGGGGGACAAAGGGCUUCUGCGACACAUGUUAUGGGACUAUACUUUUGAUAGAAUGCAAAGAUGAAAGCGCAACAAAGGUUGAUUUUGAUGACAUACUCAGCUGGGAGUACCUGUUCAAGCUAUAUUGGCUAGAUCUGAAAGGGAAGCUUUCAUUAACAUUGGAAGAACUCACUACUGCCAAGAAUAGAUGGAAUGUUCCUAGCACUUCUGCUAGGAAAGAAAAAGAGGAGUCGUCUGAUGACCUGUAUGAUGCUAAUAAUGAUGAUGAUGCUGGUUCUGACUGCUCCUCAGGAAAACGAAGGCGAACUAAUUCAAGGAAAAAGGGUCAAAAACGCCGAAAGGUAAAUAGAGAUUGUAGCAUUCUUGAAAAAAAGGUCGAGCUUCCACUUAGAAAUACUGAGAGCAUUCCGGUGGAAGUGCCAAAUGAACGGGUGCCAUAUCCGGUACACACAAAAGUACCAAAUGGACGAGUACCCAUGCCAGUAGACACAAAAGUACCAAAUGAACCAGUGUCCUUGGCAGCAAACACAAAAUGGGCAUCACCAGAGCUAUUGGAGUUUAUAGGACACAUGAGAAAUGGCGAUCAAUCUUUCAUUUCUCAAUUUGAUGUUCAGACUCUUCUGCUUGAUUAUAUCAAGAAGAAUAACCUUCGUGAUCCUCAAAGGAAAAGCCAGAUUAUUUGUGACUCGAGACUUCACUUCUUGUUCAGGAAAGCACGAGUUGCUCACUUUGAGAUGUUAAAGCUUUUGGAAAUGCAUUUUCUUACGAAUGAGACUUCAACAGUAACUAAUAGUAGCCAAGUGACUAUCAAUCUCAAUUCAGCUCAUGUAGAUACCAAUGGACACAAUGACACGGCUGCAAAAGUUUCCCCUGAUAAGAGGAGGAGGAUCUAUAGAAAGAUGGAAAGAGAUACACAAGUUAAUCUUGAGGAUUAUGCAGCAAUUGACAUGCAUAACAUAAAUUUGAUUUACAUGAGGCGCAGCCUAAUGGAGGAUUUAGUUGAUGAUGUCAAAUUCUCAGAUAAAAUUCACGGUGGUUUUGUGAGGAUAAAAAUUUCUGAUGUUUGUCAAAAACAAGACAUAUACCGUCUCGUAAAAGUUAUUGGAACACAUAAGGUUCCAGAAAAGUAUAGUAUUGGAAAGAAGAUGACAAAUGUUGCACUUGAGAUAUUGAAUUUAAACAAAAAGGAGAUUAUUACAAUGGAUACAAUAUCUAAUCAUGAUUUUACAGAGGAGGAGUGCAAACGUUUAAGGCAGAGCAUGAAGUGUGAUUUAAUUAGCAGACUAAAAGUGGGUGAUAUCCUAGAGAAAGCCAAGAUAUUGCAAUAUGUAAGAGUGAAUGAUUGGUUUGAAAAUGAAAAGCAGAGGCUUGGGCAUCUUCGUGACCGUGCAAGUGAAACUGGGCGCAGAAAGGAACUUAGAGAAUAUGUAGAAAAGCUGCAGCUUCUCAACGAUUCUGAGGAAAGAACUCGCAGGAUUAUUGAAAUUCUGGAAUUGCAUGUUGACUCACAUAUGGAUCCUAAUUAUGAGUCUGCUGAAGAAACAGAUGAGAAAGGAACUGUUGGAAAGUCGGUAAAUCAGACAAGACCAGAUACAACCAUAUCACGAAGGAUAUCGAGAUAUCUUAGCACUGUGCAAAACCAUCCUAAAAAAGUUUCUGAUUCUAGCCACCUUCCAAAAAGCUUGUCCACAGAAAGUGCAAUAUGUGGAUCAGGAGCAAGAAGUUUGGAGAACAGCACAGCAAACAGAACUAUGUAUGGAGCUGGACCACUUUCAUCUUCUGUAGUAACAAUGACAAACGACACAGAGCCAGAGAAAGUCUGGCACUACAAGGAUCCUUCUGGGAAUGUUCAGGGUCCAUUUACUCUUUUGCAACUUUCAAAUUGGACAAGUUACUUCCCACGUGAUCUGAGAGUAUGGCUUACAUUUGAGAGUGAAGAGAGAUCAUUGCUGUUGACUGAAGUGCUUUCAAAACAGCAGAAAGAUUUUACUCAGGCUGCAUCACAUACAAGUAGCAAGGCAACACUGGUUGGCACUGGACAUACAAGGAACAACCCUAGUGUGGAUCAGACCAAUGCUUUCUCCCCUGUUGGUCAUAGCGUGGUUAGUUCUUCUGGAAUACCUGUUCAGUAUAAUAAGUAUUCUGUUCCAGAAAGGGAAAGUGUGUACUCUCCAGAUGAUAGCUUGUCGCUGUCAACUAGUUCGGUUCCACCAAAGGAUGCUUAUACUGUGAAUAGCCAAGCACACUGCCAGAAUAAGCAUUCUGUUUUCAUUCAAUCUCCUGGGAGUUCAUAUGGGCACACAGACUUGAACCAUGAUGGAAUACAGGGAGGAUGCUCUGGUGAAUCAAACCACCAUCACAGCAGUAGAGCCCUAUGGAGUCCUACAGUGGCACAUGUGAGUUGUGGACGUGGUAACGUGGAAUCUCAUCAGAAUCAGCAUGUUUCCUGGUCAGAAAGUCAACAUGAAUCUAAAAAUGGUUCACAAGGAGGAUUUGUUAAAGAUCUGAAUUCAAGGCAGGAUCUAUCGAAAAACCUACCUGCUCAACGUAUUGGGAAAGAUGUUUCCAGUCCUUUGUUUGCUUGGAGUCCGGCCGAGUCGAGGACAGCUUCAAGUCAACAGGAAGGGUCUUGCUUAAGUUCAACAACUAACCCAAGCUUUCUCGAUGAACUUCAUUCUUCUAUUGCUUCUGCAAAGCCUAAGAGCUGCGCUCCAGCAACCCCCAUUGAAGACAGAGGUUCUAGUUCACCAUCAGAUAUGCUAAGUCAUGAAGAAAGAGUUCCAAUCUGCAGUCCACAAUCAGCCCCUUUAGCAUCUGCUUCUGAUAUGUGCAAGAUGGAGGAGAUCAUGAAUCAGCAAAGAACACUUGUGGUGGAUACAUCGAAUGCUUCAGUUAACCAGUCUCCUGAAUCAAGGGCUUUUCCUGUAUCCUCUCCUGAUAACCAAGAUAUUGACCGCGAGUUUCCUAGUCCAGUUCCAAGAUCUGAGAAUAAGGACAUUGCUGUGGACAGCUCAGAAUUAGCACCAGCGUCACCUGAAAAUAUUACUACGAAUUUGCCUGUUUCAGAUACAUGCAAGAUGGAGGAGGUAGUGAGUCAACAACAAGUAAUUGGGGCUGUUGUAUCGAAUUCUUCAGAUAACCAUUCUCCUCAAUCUAAAGUUUCCCCUGUAUCUUCUAAUAAUGAAGAUACGAAACAUAAAUACCCCAGUUCAACCCCAAGGCCCGAGAAUAAGAAUCCUGCGGUGGAUAGUUUACUUUCAACGUCAGCUGCUCCUGAAAAUCUAACGACAACUUCAACCCAUGAUUCUGAUACAUGCAAAAUGGAGGUAGUGAAUCAGCCAAAAACAUUUGAAGCGGAUGCAUCAAAUGCUCCACUUCAUCAACUUCCUCAUUCUCACAGUUUCCUGGUACCUUCUGACAAUCAAGAUAUUGAGUGUGAAUGUCCAGGUCCAACUCCAAGAUCUGACAGUGAGGAAGCUCUUAUGAACAACUCAGCGACAACUGCAUCAGCCUCUGAUACAAGCAAAAUGGAGGAGUUUGUGAAUCAGCAAAAAACCCUUGAAGCAGAUUCAUCAAAUGCUCCACUUAAUCAAUCUCCUCAUUCUCACAUUUUCUCAGUACCUUCUGACAAGCAAGAUAUUGAGCGUGAAUGUCCAGGCCCAACUCAAAGAUCUGACACUAAGGAACCUCUUAUGAACAACUCCGUGUUAACAUCAGGACCAUCUGAAAUUCAGACGACAGCCUCUGCAGCCUCUGAUACAUGCAAAAUGGAGGAGUCAGUGGAUCAGCCAAAAGCGCUUGAAGCAGAUGCAUCAAAUGCUCCACUUAAUCAUCAUCCUCAUUCUCACAUUUUCCGUGUAUCUUCUGAUAAUCAAGACAAUCAGUGUGAACAUCCUAGCCCAAAUCCAAAAUCUGACAGUAAGGAACCUCUUGUGGACAACUCAGUAUUAACAUCAGUGGUGCCUGGAAUGCUAGCGACAACUUCUGCCUCUGAUAAAUGCAAAAUGGAGGAGUUUGCGAAUCAGCAAAAAGCACUUGAAGUGGAUGCAUCGAAUGCUUCAUUUAAUCAGCCUCACAUUUUCGCUGUAUCUUCCGAUAAUCAAGAUAUGGAGCGUGAACGUCCUAGCCCAACUCCAAGGUCUGAAUGCAAGGAAUCACUUACGGAGAACUCAGUAUUAACAUCCUUGGCGCCUGAAAUUCUAGCAAGAUCUUCUGCCUCUGCUUCUGAUAAAUGCAAAACGGAGGAGUUUGUGAAUCAGCAAAAACCAAUUGAAGCGGAUGCAUCAAAUGCUUCACUUAAUCAGCCUCAUGUUUUUGCUGUACCUUCCGAUAAUCAAGAUAUAGAGCGUGAGUGUCCUAGUCCAACUCCAAGGUCUGAAUGCAAGGAAUCUUUUAUGGAGAACUCAGUAUUAACAUCAGCGGUGCCUGAAAUUGCAAGAUCUUCUGUAUCCGCUUCUGAUACAUGCAAAAUGGAGUUUGUGAAUCAGCAAAGACCAAUUGAAGCAGAUGCAUCGAAUGCUUCACUUAACCAGCCUCGCAUUUUCGCUAUAUCUUCUGAUAAUAAAGAUAUAGAGCGUGAAUGUCCUAACCCAACUCCAAGGUCUGAAUGCAAGGAAUCUAUUAUGGAGAACUCAGUAUUAACAUCAGCGGCGCCUGAAAUUCUUGCAAUAUCUUCUGCAUCCGCUUCUGAUACAUGCAAAAUGGAGUUUGUGAAUCAGCAAAGACCAAUUGAAGCAGAUGCAUCGAAUGCUUCACUUAACCAGCCUCACAUUUUCGCUAUAUCUUCUGAUAAUAAAGAUAUAGAGCGCGAAUGUCCUAGCCCAACUCCAAGGUCUGAAUGCAAGGAAUCUCUUAUGGAGAACUCAGUAUUAACACCAGCGACGCCUGAAAUUCUUGCAAGAUCUUCUGCAUCCGCUUCUGAUACAUGCAAAAUGGAGGAGUUUGUGAAGCAGCAAAGACCAAAUGAAGCGGACGCAUCGAAUGCUUCACUUAACCAGCCUCACAUUUUCACUGUAUCUUCUGAUAAUAAAGAUAUAGAGCGUGAAUGUCCUAGCCCAACUCCAAGGUCUGAAUGCAAGGAAUCCCUUAUGGAGAACUCAGUAUUAACAUCAGCGGCACCUGAAAGAUCUUCUGCAUCCGCUUCUGAUACAUGCAAAAUGGAGUUUGUGAAUCAGCAAAGACCAAUUGAAGCAGAUGCACCAAAUGCUUCACUUAAUCAGUGUCGCACUUUCGCUGUAUCUUCUGAUACUAAAGAUAUAGAGCGUGAAUGUCCUAGCCCAACUCCAAGGUCUGAAUGCAAGGAAUCCCUUAUGGAGAAUUCAGUAUUAACAUCAGCGGCGCCUGAAAUUCUUGCAAGAUCUUCUGCAUCUGCUUCUGAUACAUGCAAAAUGGAGGAGUUUGUGAAUCAGCAAAGACUAAUUGAAGCGGAUGCAUCAAAUGCUUCACUUAAUCAGCCUCACAUUUUCGCUGUAUCUUCUGAUAAUAAAGAUAUAGAGCGUGAAUGUCCUAGCCCAACUCCAAGGUCUGAAUGCAAGGAAUCUCUUAUGGAGAACUCAGUAUUAACAUCAGCGGCGCCUGAAAUUCUUGUAAGAUCUUCUGCAUCCGCUUCUGAUACAUGCAAAAUGGAGGAGUUUGUGAAUCAGCAAAGACCAAUUGAAGUGGAUGCAUCGAAUGCUUCACUUAAUCAGCCUCCUCGUUGUCACAUUUUCACUGCUUCUUCCAAUAAUCAAGAUAUUGAGCGUGAAUGUCCUAGCUCAACUCCAAGGUCUGACAGUAAGGAACCUUUUGUGGACAACUUAGUGUUAACAUCAGCAGUGCCUGGAAAUCUACUGACAAGUUCUGCAGUUGCCUCUGAUACAUGCAAGAUGGAGAUCUUGAAUAAGAAAAUAACACUUGAAGCAGAUGCAUCAAAUGCUCCACUUAAUCAGCCUCCUCUCUCUAGCGUUUUCGCUUCAUCUUCUGGUGAUGACCAAGAUAAUGUGUGUGGACGUCCUAGUCCAAAUCCAAGACCUGAGGGUGAGCAGCCUCUCAUGGGUAACUCAGGGUUAAUAUCAACAGUGCCUCGAAAUCUAACUUCUACUUCUGCAUCUGCUUCCGACAUAUGCAAAAUGGAGAUCUUGAAUGAGAAAAGAACACUUGAAGCAAACCCAUCAAAUGGUUUGAUUACUCAAUCUCCUCAACCCAAGGUUUUCCUUGUACCAUCUCCUGAUAUCCUAGAGUGUGAAUUUUCUAGUGAAACACCUAGGCAUGAGUUUAAGGAACCUGUUGCGGACAGCUCUGGGUUAACUUCAGCAGCACAUGAAAAUUUAGGGACUAAGCCACAUGUCCACUCACCAGAUGCCUUUGUACCACCAAAGUCUGGUGCUCUAACUGGGGAAUUAGGUGACACGAAAUCAGAUUUUAAAGGUGAAGAAACUAUUCAAAAAGAGCAAUAUUUUGGAAGUGAAUCUAUUGCCGCUACAAGAGAGAAUUUGUUAAUUGAUCCUUCCUCUGGUGUUGAGUCGAUAGAUGUGUCAGAUGUACUGGAUUCUUUAAUGGAAGAAAGGAGUGGAACUUCGUACAUGCCAGGAUCAAUAGAGGACUUCCUAGCCGAAGAAGAACCACAAUACUCUAGCCCUAUCGCAUUAUCUCCUUGGGGUGAACCUAGUUACUACCAAGGUGAUGCUGUUGAUUCUGCGCUAUGGGGUACUCAAGAUUUGAUCAAUGAUAUGUGGUCAUUGCUUUCACCAAGACCUAUGCUCCAACCUUCAUCUGGUAUUGGAACUGAGGGGAAGGAAACUUUUGAUAUCAACGAGGUGGCUGUGACCCAUGUUAGUAGUGAUUAUUUUCAAAAAGGAUCAAUGUUUGGGGAGGAAAAUGUGAACCAGGCAAACUUGAGUGCUGCUGCAGACUGGAUGCUGCCUGAGCAGGUCCCAUCAAUACCAAAUGGUAUGUCAACAUCGUCAGUAGAUGAGAGCACCAUAGUUUUAGGUUCUCAGCCAUCAACCAAUCAGAGCUUAGACUGGGGUGGUACUACAUGGAGUAUUGGCCAGAAUGCCAGCGUGUAUAGCAAUGAAAAAGCAGAGCCCUCGAGUAAAAGCUAUUGGGAAGAACCAAGGAAGCAGGAAACCGCCAAAUCCAGUGUUUCUAUUUCAGGACAGGCCAUUGGAAACAACAAGGGCUUGGACCCUCGUGAUAAUGCUGCUAAUCGGGGCAGCCGGCUGAGUCAUCAUCACCGUGGCAGGUACUCCCAAAUCAGUGAAUCUUGGCUACUUAGUUCAAGUCACUCUAGGAGUAGGUCUGAUAGAUUUGGCAGCGGUGGGUCAUCAAGAUCAACUUCAAAGGGGCAAUCUAGGGGCUAAUGUAAAUUGUCAAGUGCAGGAGAGAAAUGAUGCAUCUUGUAGCUAACCUGCAUCCUUGAUCUCUGCAGCAGGAAUAGUUUUCUUUUUAAAAUUCUUUGUCAUAUCUUUGCAGUUUGUAUAGGCUAAUUACAGUUUAGUCCACUCAGACUGUAGCAAGGAGCAUAUAUGUUUAGCAUAGAGGUAUUUGACUGCCCAUUGCCCAAGGAGUAGAUUCAGCUCUUGGGCAUGGUCUGUAUCAUCCUGACAUUCUGUUGGAUGGAGCUCCAAUUGUACCACCGGCAUCUCUGUUGACACCGAAACGCCUGAUGCGUUGGAAACAAUUAUAUCUGAUUGAUUGGUUUAACUUCGUGGAA